AUGUGCUUUUGCAACCCAGAAAUGGAACAGCGGUUCUUCAAGAACGCUGACUUGCAACACUGCGGCAUUCUCGUCAUCCCUACCGAUCAGCUCUCCCCGCGACCCAUGUACGUGGCGAGCAAUGGUGCAAACGGCUUCGCCGGCAGCUAUGGCGGAGGCAAGCUCGGCGGAGGGCAGCCUUCCUCGAGGGGCCCUCUGCCGCACAUUAGCGACCUGACCUCGGUUUCUGCUGGCGUUGACCCCAAUCUCCCCAUUCGGAAGCUUCUCGAAGCGGGGGAUGGGUGCAUGCGCCAAGCCGAUACGUGGGUAACGUUCAACCGGCCGGAUCUUGCACUCCAGGAAUACAUACGAGGCUACAUAAUCGCGAUUCAGAUCAUCCCGCACCACAAGGAAACUGCAGACGCCAAGUUCGAGAAAAUCAAAGAAGACAUCAAGGCCGACAAUGAGAGGACCGGCGUGCAGCCGGUUCAGAAGGGAGCUACGAGACCAGAAUCGCCGCGGAGUCCGCCUCCCCCGCCCCCUCCUCCUAACCAUCCACCCCCUCCAUCCCCGCCGAGACAAAAACCAGCUGUGCAGCCGAAGCCGCAGGCCCUCCACGGCAACUCUAUCCAAUCCAAUUCGCUCCAUCGCAGAGCCGACUCCGCCGACUUGAAUGCCCGUUUCGCCAACUUGAGGGCGCCCUCCACUCAACCUCAACCUCCCCAACAAGAUCCGCGGAUAAAGACCCUUCCGAAAGUCCCUGAUGCCAUUUAUAGCCCGGCAAGAGGUACUGUGACCUCGGAGGACGCCCAGCUGCCAUCAAGCACGCCCCGCGGUCUUUUCAGUCGUACAGGCUCAAGCACUUCCAUCACCGGCCCGCGUAAUGGGUCCGUCACAUCGCUGGCGCAGCAGUCAACAACGAACGGCAUCCGGAGCGCUCGGGGGUCUGUCGAGUCGAAACCUCCUAUGCUGAUUCCGGAGACGCCAGCCAUCACCCCCGAACAACUAUAUGACCUAAUGCGGUCCAGAAGCGGAGAUAUUUUACUCAUUGAUGUACGAUCUCGAGAAGAUUUUGAAAGCGGUCACAUUCUCUCCCAGCACACCAUAUGUAUCGAACCGUCGGUUCUCCUUCGGGAGAACAUCUCGGCGGGAGAUAUUGGCGAGAGCAACGUUCUAGCCCCUCUCGAAGAGCAAAGGACGUUUGAGCGUCGCGAUAAGUUCGAGCUGGUUGUCCUCUACGAUGAGGACUCGAAAAUGAUCCCAUACCUACGAAAUGCACCGAAACUCCUUGAGGGAGGCUUAGAUGCCUGGGUCGAUCUCAUGGGCCCAAACUCGCUCCGCACUCUAGCGUCCGGUAAGACGUCCGCAGCAGCGCUUGGGGUCCCGUCAUGGAGCCUAGGGGCCUCGGGACCAAAGCCAAAGGCAUUCGGCGCCAGGCGGUUGUCCACGUACAAGGUGAAGCCGCUGCGGCCGGAUGAGGUGAAGCAAUGGGAAGAAACCAUCAGGAAGGAGGACAUGGAUGUGGAACAAUCGCCUAAUUUUGUCCGAUCUACUGAGGAUUUCCUCCGAAGGUUCCCGCCUGUGUUGCUGGAGCAGGAGUCGAUGACGUCGAGUUCGCCUUCCGGUCCCGAUGGCCUUCCGCGCGUUCCCUCGUCCAUAAAUGACCAGUUGGCCAAGUAUGACGAGCUUCCGGUCCCCCAACGCGUCCUGCCCCGGCCAUUCCUCGACCUAGUUACAGCGGCCUAA